AUGGCGUCAAUUGUCACAAAAAUGCUAAGUUCGAUAGUGGGUUUACUCGUGAAUAAAGCUCGCGACUCGGCUGCGGAUAAACUGAAAGAUGGCGAUGUUACGGACGCAAAAAUUCGCGAGUUCGUCGUAAGAGAGUUGAACGACGUCAAGAAGAAACUCGAUGGUCUUUCCCGUGCACCUCUACUCAGCAGCUUGGGUUUUCUGAAGCAAGGUAUCAAUUUGCUAAAAGUUUCUCUCAUUAAUAAGUCGAUGGACGAACAGAAAGAUGUAGAUAAACCUACCAACGAGCAAGCCACAUCAACAAUGUCGAGCAGUGUUCAGUCUGAGAUCUUAAACGAAGCCUUGCCACUUUCUCAAGCGAUGGAAAAGUUAAAUAUUGUAUCCCAAGGGCAUUUUGAGUGUGCUAAAGAACGAUUUAAAGAUGCACGUACAAGAGCAUUCGACGCUUUCUUUAACCAAGCUUUGAGCAUCGAAGACAGACUGAUGGCGGCGAAACUACAUAUUGUUGCAACGGUUUUGGAAUGCCUCGAAUCACCAGAACAUGCGAUCACAUCGUGUCUGUCGUUUCUUGAGGAAUUGCAUGGUCUUGAGGCAAUUGCCGAGAUAUUCUCCAUGUAUCUCAAUCGUGGAUUCAUGUCGAGAUUGAAUAAAGCACAGCGAGUAGAGUGCGUCAAGUCUGUUAUGUUGGUUAAUUAUACUUUAUUCCAAUUUGUGUUCAAAUUCAGCAGUAAGUAUACUUCCACAUCCGCGUGGCCAACGAUUGAACUUGCUGAACGUAGUUUUAACCCAAUAUUGCAUUGGCAGGAGGUUUCGACAAGAAAAUCUAUGGGCGAUGAACUGACCCAACUUCCCAACAAAUCGAUACUUGAUGAAGAUAUAAUUCCUCGUUAUUCUGCUGUAAACAGCCAUGGGGAUGUUGUUGUUGGAAAACAUCCUGACACCAUCAAAAUUAUACCGAAGACAGGUGAAAGCAAGGUGGUUAAAUUACCUGAACCCAGUGAAGGUGAAGUUAUCAGGCAACAUAUUGUAGCACUUGCUGUUGAUAAGAAUAACAACGUUUACGUGGUGAGACGGCUUGAAACAAGUGCGAAAUAUUUUAAUGUGAAAAGUUUUGUGUUGGAUGUACUGGACGAGAACUACCAUGUAAACCAGGACUCCCGCACAUUGGAAUAUCUCGACGCGACAAAAUAUUUUUAUUCAGCUGUGCAGAUCGCUAUAAACAAGAACAAUAAUAUCGUGGUGAUGCGAUAUGAUGAUCCUCAGGUGUAUAUCUGUGACAAUACCGGGAAAUUAAAGCACAAGUUUGAACAAGGCGUACGUUAUCCACACAGAUUGGGUAUUUGUGGGCAGGAUGAAAUCAUGAUAGCAACAGACAAUUACCAGGCUGUGGAGAUAUACUCCGAGGAAGGAAAUCCAAAGUCGACAAUAAAAUCACCAGAAGGUCACGCGGUCCGUGGGUUGGCAUUUCAUUAUGUCAUUUGUAAAAUAAUUGUCUUAACCUAUGUCGAGAAAAAAGAUUCCUAUUUCCUUCUGUGCUACACUGAAGCAGGUGAACUGGAGACCACAACGUUCUUUUCUGAGAGAAUUGAUAUUAAGGAUUGGCCCCGAAUUAAGUCUCAUCCAAGUGGUCCUGUUGCUAUUGUAAGGCAGAAAAGCAUCACCUUCAUUUAA